AUUCGUUCUCUGUAGCAGCAGCAGCAUGGAUGACAUGGGGAAAUGGCCAGAGAUAGAAAAGGCAGCGACAGAGAAAAGGCGUGAACUGGUUUUACAGGGCGCUGCUGUUGACAAGAGAAUUUCUUCGGACGGCGGUCUGACCUCCUCCAUCUAUUCCCUCACACUGCUGAAUUAUCUGGAAGUUAGUCAGUGCCCGAGUUUGACAGAGAUCCACGAGGACAUCCAACGUCUGACCAACCUCCAAAGCCUCAUUCUGUGUAGAAACAAGCUCAGCACCUUCCCAAAAGUCAUCGGCAUCCUGAAGUCCCUGAAGGUCCUGGAUCUCUCCGUCAACAACCUGACAUCAUUACCAGUCGGGAUCACUCAGUUAAAAGAGCUGAACACUCUCAACGUAAGCUGUAACUCUCUGGAGGUUCUACCGGAUGGACUGAGCCAGUGCUCCAAGCUCUCCGUCCUCAACGUCUCCAAGAACCGACUGACCAGCUUCCCUCCUGAUCUUUACACUGAACGGCUGGACCUGCUGAACACCCUGGUAGCUUCUGAUAACUUAAUCGAAAACUUGAGUGGAGAGAUUCACAAGCUGUCUGCUUUGAAGGUGCUCGAUGUCUCAAACAACAAGCUGACUGAGAUUCCCCCUCACCUGAGCGACUGCCCCAAGUUAAAGGAGAUCAACUUCAAGGGCAACAAGUUGAGCGACAAGCGGCUUGAGAAGAUGGUGAAUGGGUGUCAGACCAAGUCCAUCCUGGAAUACCUCAGAGGGAAAGGACGAGGAAGACAAGGGGACGACGGUGGCGACGCGGAUGGAGGACGCAGCACUGACAAGAAGAAAAAGCAGCAGCAGAGGAAGAAGAAAGGAAAAGAAGUCGAGGAGCAGGACGAGGUGGAGGAGCUGAACAAGAUGGUGGUGAGGGUGCUCCAUGUUUCAGAUGCACCCACGGCGCUCACGGUUAAAGUCAGCGCUGACGUUAAAGAAGUUCGGCCGUACUUGGUGUGCUGCAUAGUCACAGGCAUGAACCUCAAAGCGGGGAACGCUCUCAAAAGGUUCCUGAUGGCUCAGACAAAACUUCAUGAUGAUCUGUGUGGCAAAAGAACUAUUGCAACUAUCGCAACCCAUGAUGCGCAGCUUCUCAAAGCUCCACUAGUUUAUGGUGUGAAACCACCAACACAGCUAAAGAUCGUGCCGCUGGGCCGGAGGCAGACGACUGCUGUCGAGCUGAUCAGAAACCUUCAUUUAGAGGCUGAGGAGCUUCGGAAGCAGAAGAAGAGGCAGAAUGUGACUGGCCUACACAAAUACCUGCAGCUUUUAGAAGGAAAAUCCUUCUACCCCUGUUUAGUGGAUGCAGAGGGAGAUGUGAUUUCAUUCCCACCCAUCACCAACAGUGAGAAAACCAAGAUCAAAAAGACGACCAAAGAACUGUUCUUAGAGGUGACCAGUGCAACCAACUUGCAGACCUGUAAAGAUGUCAUGGAUGCUCUGAUUGUUAAAAUGUCAGAGUUAAAUAAAUUCACUGCAGAGCAUCGGGAGGAGGUCGGAUCAGACGGGGAGGACAACAGCGCACCAGAACCUGCAGCCAGCUCUGAAACCUGCGGCCAGCUGAUCGUCCAGCAGGUCCGAACCAUUGACCAGGACGGGAACCUGAAAGUUGUCUACCCGUCAAAGACGGACCUCUCCAAAGACACCAGUACCUUGACUGUCAUUUGGUAGUUAAUUUAGUCUUCGCACCCAUUCAUGUGAAGCAGCUCACCAGCUCCAAGUUGUGUUCGUCUGUCAACACAAAAAGCUUCAAUAUUUAAAUGUACUGAUUAAAAUGAAUUUUACAACAGACAAGAAAAGCACAUUAUUCCCAGGAUGAACCCACACACAAAUUAAUUUUACUCAAAUAAAGAUCAUUCUGUCUUU